GACUGGGAAGUCGGAGAAGAAAGGCGCUACGACCUUUACUUUGCGGCGCGGCCGUAAAGCGCCAUUACGCAGCGAGAAAGCUGCGAGACCGCCGGUCGCUGUUUCCCCUGCAGCUGGCGCUGGGGGCGUCGGCAUCACGUGCUGCUCUGGAUUUUUUUCGAGCCACUAGGGAAAGCGGGGGACUCUUACCGCGGGAGAGCUCUUGGUCUGUAAUUUGUAGACAAAGCUACUCCCGUUCGGGAACCCAACGGCAGCCCGGUCCUAAUGCCCACCAGAUACCCGGGGCCGGGACUCGGAGCUUUGGGGUGGGGAGAAGGCGGAGGCCCCAGCUAAGAGCGACCUAGCUUCUCGAAGCCGCCCUCGGGGCGCCGAUGGCCGGACGCGUCUUGGGAAAGGCUUUAGCCGCGGUGUCUCUCUCUGUGGCCUUGGCCUCUGUGACUGUCAGGUCCUCGGGCUGCCGCGGCAUCCCUACGUUCAGAAACUCAUUUUCAUCUUGUUGGUUUCAUCUUAAUACCAACAUCAUGUCUGGUUCUAAUGGUUCCAAAGAGAAUUCCCACAACAAGGCUCGGACGUCUCCUUACCCAGGUUCAAAAGUUCAACGAAGCCAGGUUCCUAAUGAGAAAGUGGGCUGGGUUGUUGAGUGGCAAGACUAUAACCCGGUGGAAUACACUGCAGUCUCUGUCUUGGCUGGACCUAGGUGGGCAGAUCCUCAAAUCAGUGAAAGUAAUUUUUCUCCCAAGUUUAACGAAAAGGAUGGACAUGUUGAGAGAAAGAGCCAGAAUGGCCUGUAUGAGAUUGAAAAUGGAAGACCGAGAAAUCCUGCAGGACGGACUGGACUGGUUGGCCGGGGGCUUUUGGGGCGAUGGGGUCCAAAUCAUGCUGCAGAUCCUAUUAUAACCAGAUGGAAAAGAGAUAGCAGUGGAAAUAAAAUCAUACAUCCUGUUUCUGGGAAACACAUCUUACAGUUUGUUGCAAUCAAAAGGAAAGACUGUGGAGAAUGGGCAAUCCCAGGGGGCAUGGUAGAUCCAGGAGAGAAGAUAAGUGCUACACUGAAAAGAGAAUUUGGCGAGGAAGCUCUCAACACCUUACAGAAAACCAGUGCUGAAAAGAGAGAAAUAGAGGAAAAAUUGCACAAACUCUUCAACGAAGACCAUCUAGUGAUAUAUAAGGGAUAUGUUGAUGAUCCUCGAAACACCGAUAAUGCAUGGAUGGAGACAGAAGCUGUGAACUACCAUGACGAAACAGGUGAGAUAAUGGAUAAUCUAACCCUAGAAGCUGGAGAUGAUGCUGGAAAAGUGAGAUGGGUGGACAUCAAUGAUAAACUGAAGCUUUAUGCCAGUCAUUCUCAAUUCAUCAAUCUUGUGGCUGAGAAACGAGAUGCGCACUGGAGUGAGGAUGCGGAACCUGACUGCCAUGGGUUAUAGCUGGUGGUCUCCAUGUAAGCCAAAGGCCCACAGAGCAGCAUGUACUGAAAAGAGGCAAUAUCACAGAAUUUAUACCAAAAAAAGGGCUGGGUAGGCCACUUGGCCUAUUUACUUUCAAAACGAUUUACAUUUAGAGUGUUUCACGUCAGAAUAAAAUGAGUGAGAUGAACUAGAACACAGAAUUUUCAGCUUUUUGGUCAAAAGGAAUAUAAGUAGUCAUAUUUUGUAUGUAUUCUAUUUAAGCAUGGGUUAAAUGAAAUUUAAACAACUAAUGCUCUUUGAAGAAUCAUAACCAGAAUAAAGAUAAAUUCUUGAUCAGCUAUAA